UUAAGCGCGCGUGUAUGAUCGUCUGGUUGCACAGACAGACGUUUUGUCUAUCCCUUCCCUUCCGUCACGCACAUCAAUCCCCGAGAUUCCCCUCCCAAAUAGCGGGGACCAAGCAAACGUCUGCAAAUCCUACCGCAAGCAAUGCCUACCUAUCCUAUCCGUCGCCGGCCGCGCGAGUGUAAAACUUGUCUACCCUGCCGUGCCAGCAAGGUCCGCUGCGAUCGCAAUGUUCCAUGCGGUAACUGCGUCAAGCGCAACUUCACCUGCUCCUACGGUCGUCCUCCACCCACCGCUCCCAGACCGGCCUCCUUCAUUCCCGACCAGUAUGCCUCGUCCGCUACGACCCCCGCCACCAAUACGCCUCAGUACAUGCCUUCCGCGGCUUAUCAGCCUGCCGCCCAUCGCGAUGGUCCCUACGGUGCCGAUCCCGAAUCAGCCAGCUCUGCCAACCAGGAUGGUCUAUCAGAGAUGGUAACGCUGUCGCAAGAGGAAUGGGACGAGAUCAACUCCAAGAUGCAGACAAUGGAACAGAUCCUGACCAGUUUGGGCUCUUUGUUUCAGGCGCACGGCGCGCGGAAAGUCGCCCACUCCCGAUCGGAACCGUCGCAGGAGCAGGAGGAGGAAGACGACUCGCCUGCCUCCGAGGGCAUCUAUGGAUCAACUACGCUGAGAACAAACUCAGUCCACAUCGGAUCGAGGUCUGCUCUGGUGGACAUUCUAGACAAAUCGAAGGUUUCCGAGGACACGGCGCAGGCGCUACCCAAAGAUGACCUUCUUACCGAGCUGGCGAUGGGGAACGAGUCGGCCGCCUAUCCCUUCGUGGACCUUUGGUCGUCCGAUCCGUAUACGUUCAAUAUCUCUGGCGUGUGCAGUGUGCUGCCCGACGAUGAGCAAUGCCGAAAAUUUCUAGCCUUCUAUCGGAAUAUUGGUGCGGUGCUGUAUCCCGUGCUGCCCGAUCUCGUCAAGUUUGAGGCGGACAUGAACAAGCUGUUGCAGGGCCGACAGGCCGCGGGUGGCGUAUAUAGUCCGGAUGCUAAUGGCCUAGUGAAGCCGUUUGGCAUGAGUGUCUCUUUUCUUAGCCUUCUAUUUGCUGUUUUAGCGUCUGGCUCUCAACUAUCUGAUCUGCCUGGGAAAGAACGCGAGUUGACCUCGUGGGUAUACGUGUCUUGUUCUUACCAUUGCCUGCGCAUGUUGAACUAUGUGUCUCAGCCAUCCCUGGAGGUGAUCCAGAUCCUUUUGAUCAUUGGCAGUGUCUUGUCGUAUAACAUGAACGCAGGCGCAUCUUACACGUUGCUGGGAAUGACGGAGCGAAUGUGUAUGGUGCUGGGCCUCCAUGUCGAGACCUCGGGUUUUUCGCGAGCCACGCAGGCAGCGCGGAGAAGAGUAUGGUGGGCGAUGGCUUUUCAGAACAGUCAUUUUUCCUUGGCGUAUGACCGACCAUCCAUCACCAUGAUCAACCAGCCGGAGAUCCCGUACGAUCCGAAAUCGAUGCCCGGUCACCGAGGGUAUUUCGAAACGCUUUGCCGCCUGAUUCAGGUUGUCCUCGACAUGCUGCGAGGGCUGAUGUUCACCCACCAUUCCCACCUGCGGUACCACGAAAUCCGGGAGUAUAAGCAGCGCAUUGAACGAAUCAUUGCCGAGGCCGCACCGCAUUUGAAAUCUCGCGAACGCUGUGCGACGCUCGGGGAGCAUAUCGAACGGACCGAACUGCGACUCCAUUCCUCGUAUUUCAUAUCUCUCAUGUGCCGAGUUUCGUUGGAUCCGGAAACUCCGAUGGAUGAACAGCGGCGCGAAAUUGUUCGGGAGGAUUGCUUGACGAACUUGAGAAACACGAUCGAGGCAUUCAUUGAGCUGCAUUCCAUCAAUUCCCAUGCCUCGCGAACCUGGAUUAGCCUGCAACGAACCAUUGCGUCAGCAUUUCUUUUGGUAGCGAAUAACAACGAUAAGUUGCAUCCGCAGACGUGGGACUUGAUCGAGAAACUGGAAGCGGCGUUGUCGGACCAUGUCCAUGACGAUAAGAGCAGCGACCACAACAGCAAGACGGACACUGCCAAGCACCUUGCAUCUUCCCUUCACGCUCUUCGGGAGGUCAGUGCCGCCUUCCGUGCGCGCAAAACGCGCCACCGGGUGGUGCCGAAAGUGGUACCUAGCCUGCAGAACACUUCCCCUGCCACCUCGUUCGCAUCGCCAUCCUCCACUCUGGGAUCGGGGGUACCAGCGUACUCCUCUGGCCAGAGCGUUUCUCCAGAUGGGCAUAUUGACAACAUUCUUAACCAGGUUUCGGAUGUAAUGCUAUUUCCCAGCAUGAGUUCGGGAAAUGCUUGACCCAUCAACCGGGCAGUCAUCCAAACACAUGAUAGUUAGUGAAUUUGUGCGACGGCCCCAACGGACGCGGGCGCACGGGCUCACCCACCCGGUCCCUCUCACCC